AUGACUGCCACUGUACUUUUGGCCUCCUUGGGCAGAGUUGUAAUUCCCCUGUGUGGAGGUAACAUUGACACAACAGUGCUAGGACGAUGCCUGGAGCGUGGUCUUGCUGCUGAUGGGCGUCUUGUCAAAUUCACAGUCACAGUCAGCGACAGACCUGGAGGAAUUGCUGAGUUAACACGGUUGAUGGCAAAUCUGGGUGUCUCCAUCAAGGAUAUGGUACAUGAAAGAGCGUGGAUCAGGAGUGACAUCUUCAGUGUAGAGGUGAAGGUAAUGGCAGAAACAAAGGACUAUGAUCACUGGUUAGAGCUUAAGGCUGCUCUUGAGCAACGUUAUGAAAAAGUGCGAUUUGCAAUGCCUGACCUGGUCCAUGAAGACGGCUCUUUGUAGUACUAUAUCACAGCAAUCUUGCAUUCCAACUUUGUGAAGCUCACAUAUUGCUGUUUCACUCCACUACUUUACAUCAGCUAAACUUGUUCCUUGAUGAUAAUCACUAAGGAGGUCAACAAAUAAAUUUCUAAAUGUUUGUGAUUACCUGUUUUGGAAAAAGAUUAUCACAUUUGUAGCUAACAUCUCUAGCAUCAUUUAGCAUAAAUAUCAGGUAUGAUAUGAGUAGUCUUUCUUUUAAAAUUCAAUGAAUUUAUAUGUAAAGAAACUACUAUUAGUGUAAUAGAUUUGUAAUAUACAUUAUUUAUAAAGAUAUUUUUUGUCUAAACCAUUAAGAAAGAAAUAUAGGAUUUAACAAUUUUCUUUACUACAUAGUUUUGAUUGUUUAAUAAAAAUUAUGAAUUGUUCAUCAAAAUGAAAUUUCUCUCUCAUGGUUAGAUUCUGUCAUGUGGUAGCAUGAAAAAUGCAGUUUUCUUCACUGUUAGUUUGAUGGCUGGACCAUCACUAAAUAGAUACUUAAGCUUAAAGUCAGCUGUUGUCAGGUAACUGUCUUUAGUUGAAUAACUACUGUACUUUAUAUACUUUAGGGAUGAUCAUUAUUGUAACUUCGAGCCAAUAACUGUUUUACAACACCUGUCAUCUCGAGCUGUUCGUUGCUGAUAACUAGGGGCAGAAUAAAAAUAUAUGUGUAGCUGAAGCUCUUGGCUAUAUGACAUGGGUGCAGAUUUCAUGCUGCCCUUCAAAAUGGUAGCAGUGAUGGUGCCUUUUUAUGUAUAUGUUCAGUACAAGAAGCAACACUAAAAGUGAAUUUUCUAAGUGGUAAGCAAACUGGUGUGUUUUAUUUAAUUUGUAAACAGUAUAAUGUAACAGCUUUACCAUAUAAAGCUAUUUUUUUAACACUGGCCAUCUCCCACCAAGGUAGGGUGACCUGAAAAAAGAAACAUUCACCAUCAUUCAUUCUAUCACUGCCUUGCCAGAGGUUUGCAAACAUUACAGAUUGGAUGACUCUCCAAACUGCAACAUCCCCACCCCUCCUUCACAGUGAAGGUACUGUACUUCUCACUUUCAGGACUCUGAUCUAGCUAGCUGGUAUCCUCUGAAUCCCUUCAUAGAGCACAUCAUGUCAAAAACUGCUUGCCUCUACUUUUAUCUAAUAUGCUCAUAUGCACAUCUGUUGGAUGUCCAAGCCCCAUACACAAAACCUACUGUAACUCCACCCCCUCUCCAACCUUUCCUAGAAUGACCUUGACCCCUACCCCUCUUUCCCUCCACUUCAGAUGUAUACAUCCUCCUAGUCAUCUUAUUGCACUUCAUCCUCUUCUAAUGUCCAAACCAUUUCAGCUCCCUGCAUUAUACUUUUGGUAGCCCCCCCACAACUAAUCUCCAAACUAUGAAUUCUCUGCAUAAUAUUUACACCACACAUUAUCCUCAGACACAUCUUCCCUGCCUCCAGCCUACUCACUACAACAUUUUUUCUUGAGAUAAUGUACUUCAAACAUAGGAUAACCCUUAAGCUACAUAUUAAAUCACCUACAGCCUCUCCUCACUUAGCGACGUACUUGUUUACCGACGACACAGACUUAUGACAGGCUCUCUAACCAGCAUGCAUACUUUAAUGUAUAUUAGAGCUGAUUUCCUCUGUUCUGUUUAUUACAAUAUACAGUACACUACUGUAUAAACAUUUAAAAAUAUACCAGAAAUGUUAUAAAUGAUGCAAAGGUGACAUUAAAGUAAUAUCAAAGAUGGUUGACACAAACCCACUAGUAUUAUAGUAUGCUCCUCACUUUGCGACGAAUUCAUUUACUGACGUGGUCUUAGGAACGGAACUCCGCCGUUAAGUGAGGAGAGGCUGUAUAUAAUUGGCAUAUAUUUUUUUAAUAAACUGGCCGUCUACCACCAAGGCAGGGUGACCUGAAAAAAAAAAAAUUAAAGUUUUUCUUUUUUACGACAUAGCUUAUGGAGGAAUGAUUCUUCUCCACUUCCCCAUGGAGUUUGCUCAUAUUAAUAAUAUUAAACAGAUCAUUAAUACAGCAUUUCUACUUGCUGCUUACAUAGGCUGUUCUUAAUGUAACUAAUUAGUUUCAAAAUGUAUGUUUGCCAGUGUAUGAUUAGCUUAACCUUUACAAGGUGCUAUAAAUUGUGAAAAAUAAUUUAUAAUUUUUUUUUUGUUUUGCUUUAUGUACUGUAUAAUGCAAAAUUUUGUAUUUAAUUACUAAAAUAUAGAUUUUUAAAGGUUUUAUUUUUAAAGCUUUAUUAUAUUUAAUAGUGAAAGAAAUAUAAAUUCUUAAUUUUGGGUUAAAAAUCUGUCACCCGCACUGGUCCAUUAUUUAAACAACUGCAAGGUUCUUGUAGUUCUUUAUUUUUCUCAAAAUUACAGACCUCAAACUACAACUUAUUAUACAUAAUAUAAAACUAUAGGUGAAUAUUUUACAAGGAACUAAAUAAUAAAAUUUAUAAUUUCUUUAUUUUGAAAAAAUAAUGAUUACCAACAAUAUAUAGCAGUAUUAAUAUUUUUAAAUACUUCUGUACAGUAAACAGUUCAUUUGACAUUGGAUACACCAAUUUUCUUUACAGGUAAGGCAGACUUGUAACUAAAUUACUUUUGAGUAAUGCUGAAGGUAUAACUAUGAAUGUGGUAUGCACCUCAGCCAGGACUUUACGUUCAACUUUGGAAUACUAUAAUUAUUGCAAAAGAAAAACCAUGUACUGUAUGAAAAUUAAUUAAAAUGUCAUGACAUUUAGCUCUUUAGACAUUUUUUUACAGUGCAGAAGUUAUUUUAUCAGUUUAAUUAUAGCAUGGAUAAAAUAUAGCAUUGCAAAGAAAAUGACUCCCAAGGUUGUUAAAUUCAUCUUUUUCAUAAUGUUUAAGCAAAACCAAAUUAAUAACAAAAUGGAACUGGAAAUACAAUAAAUACUUAAUGUAAACCA